CUCUCCACCCCCUCUCUCUUUGUCUCUCUCUUUGUCUCUCAGGUACACCUUGGAUGAGUUUGGGACAGCUCGGAGGUGUGUGGUGGUGCGGGGGUUCAUUGAUGCCCUGACCAGAGGGGGUCCAGGAGGCACGCCUCGACCCAUAGAGAUGCACUCCCACGACCCUAUGAGGUACGUGGGGGACAUGUUGGCGUGGCUGCACCAAGCCACCGCAUCCGAAAAGGAGCAUCUGGAGGCCCUGCUGAAACAAGUCACAGCACGAGCACCAGGAGUGGAUGAGACCAUGCAAGAGGUGGUGGGACACAUCACUGAGGGAGUCUGCAGACCUCUUAAAGUGCGUCUGGAGCAGGGAAUCUUGGCUGAGCCGGGUUCUGUUCUACUCUACAAGCUGUCCAACCUGCUCAAGUUCUACCACCACACCAUCAGGUAGGUAGUACCCUGACCUCUGAACCUGACCCCUGACCCUAACCCUCAAGG